GCAUUAACAGUAUUUCAAGUACUCUUGGUAUCUUCAGCCCUGCGGGGGUGGGAGAUUACCAGUUUUAGGUGAGCAGUUCUUUAAUACAGAGUUGGGCAGGAAUAUGAUCUAAAGUUGAAAGUGGCCAGUGGGGUGAGGCAAUAUGAAUGCACAGAUGCCAAGUUCCCAUCCUUGUUCUUAGCUGUCCAUCGGGUGUCUGAAGGCCCAAGUGAAGAGAUAGCACUCCAGCAAAACAGCAGCUAAAUCCCUGUUACACUUGGAUUCUCACUCCCGAGAUCUGCCUGUCUUUUUGGGUAAUAUGGGUCCUGGAGUCACCUGUCCAUGGAGAAGCUGGCUCUCUGGCUUCCAAAUGAGGACUUGGAUCGAGCCUGUGGUGGCCUCAACCCAGGUGGCCGGGUCCCUCUACGAUGCAGGACUGCUCCUGGUAGUGAAGGAAUCCUUUGCAUCCGAGGCUGGAGGCUCCUCCAAUCACACUGCCAGUCAGUCACUUAGGGGGCAUCAGGAGGACCAACAGCAGAAGGCCAUCUCCAACUUCUACAUCAUCUACAACCUGGUGGUGGGCCUGACACCCCUACUAUCCGCCUAUGGAUUAGGCUGGCUCAGUGACCACUACCACCGCAAGAUCUCAAUCUGCACAUCAAUGCUGGGCUUCCUGCUGUGCCGCAUUGGACUCCUGCUCAAAGUGAUGCUGGACUGGCCAGUGGAGGUGAUGUACGGAGCAGUAGCUCUCAGUGGGCUAUGCGGGGGCUUCUCCGCUUAUUGGUCUGGGGUCAUGGCGCUGGGAUCCCUGGGCUGCUCCGAAGGACGCCGCUCCUUGCGCCUUAUCCUCAUCGAUUUGGUCCUGGGGUUGGCUGGGUUCUGUGGGAGCAUGGCCUCGGGGCAUCUCUUCAGACAAAUGGUUGGGCACUCUGCGCAAGGCCUCAUGUUAACCGCCUGCAGCGUGGGCUGUGCAGCAUUUGCCCUUUUCUACAGCCUCUUUGUGCUGAAGGUCCCCGAGUCUGUGCCCAAGCCCAACAAUAUGUACCCCACCGUAGAUACUGUGUCUGGCAUGGUGGGCACCUAUCGAACCCUAGAUCCAGAUGAACUGGACAAGCAGAAUGUAUCAGGGAACCCUCUGACUCCUGGGAAAAGGAAGCCCUCCCUAACCAUCGUUGCCCUGCUAUUUGUGGGUGCCAUCGUCUAUGAUCUGGCCGUCGUGGGCACAGUGGACGUCAUGGCCCUUUUUGUGCUAAAGGAGCCUCUCAGUUGGAACCAAGUGCAGCUGGGUUAUGGGAUGGCUUCUGGAUACAUAAUCUUCAUCACUAGCUUCUUGGGUGUUCUAGUCUUCUCCCGCUGCUUCCGAGACACCACGAUGAUCAUAAUUGGGAUGGUCUCCUUUGCGUCCGGAGCCCUUCUCUUGGCCUUUGUGAAGGAGACAUACAUGUUCUACAUUGCUCGAGCCGUCAUGCUGUUCGCGCUUAUCCCCAUCACGACCAUCCGAUCAGCCAUGUCCAAGCUCAUAAAGGACUCUUCCUACGGGAAGGUGUUCGUCAUACUGCAGCUGUGUCUAGCUCUGACUGGUGUGGUGACAUCCACCAUAUAUAACAAGAUCUAUCAGCUCACCAUGGACAAGUUCGCUGGCACCUGCUUUGCCCUAUCUUCCUUUCUCUCCUUCUUGGCAAUUGUCCCAAUUGGCAUUGUGGCCUACAAACAAGUCCCGAGGACACAACAAGGAGAGAGAGCAGAGAAAUGAAGGAGCUGAAAACACCAGCAAUAACCAGGUUCUGCCCAUGAAAGCCACGUUCCAGCCUUCCAAUGACCCUCUGUGGCCCUUGCAUCCCUGUGGGAGGGAAAAUCACUUUCUGAAUAUUGGAGGAAAUCUCCUAGUUCUUGGAUGCCUCUGCAGGGUUAGGGUCUGUGGGUACAGGCUGCUUGCACAGGCAUCCUAGGUCAUGGAGGGGUUCCGGCUCCUUCCAGCCUUUUCUCUCAUCACUGUCUUAAAGGCUCCAAUGGAGGGUUAAUAGGUCACCUGGGCACUGUGCUAGAAGUUCUAUGGAAGACUUAGCCUGCAUUUCACCAGCCCAGGGGGAAUGAACAUGAAAUGGACAUUUUGUAAAAACUGACAUUUCUGUAUGCAUGACACUAGUUUUCAAGUUAAUGUAACAUCUUGAAAAACUGAGUUUUCUUGGUUGAGUUGGAAACAAGAGAGGAACAAAGUUCAGGGUAGUGUUAGCACUGUUGCUUUUGGGAAGAAGAUAGCUGGACUGGGGCUGCAAAGCAGUUGGUGGAGUGUUUGCCUAGCAUGCAUGAAACCCUGGAUUCCAUCUCAGAAGCCAGGCAUGGCUGUGCACACCUGUAAUCCCUGCACUUGGGAGGUAGAGUCAGAAGGAUCAGAAAUUCAAGGCCAUCCUCGGCUGUAUUGUCAGUUUGAGGUCAGCUGGGAACACAUGACAUCCUGCAUCAAAAAUCAAAACAAAACCAGCAACAACAGCAAAAGUCAACAUGUACCAGUGAAAUAUGCAAAGGAACACUUUCAAUCAAUAGUUUCCCGAGUGGAUGGUGUAGAGAUGGGGAUGUCAUGCACCAGCUUAUUCUGAGUUACUUAUGCUGACUGUCCCUUUUGCUUACCAGGCUGAAUCAUCUCCUAAUAAAAUCAACAUUCACAGUG